GAAGAACUUAAAGCUGAAGACAUAAGGGAUGUUUUAAUUGUGAAAAUAGAGAAGUAAGAACCACAAACACAUCAUCCUCACAUCUUACAUUGCCAGAAUUGUGAUGGCACUCUCUCCCCCAUCUUCUUCUAUAAUUUCUAUGCCCAAACGAAUAUACCCAUCAAAGUUGCAGAAGAGCUUGGUAAUCACCAAGUCUGAGUUGAAAGACAAAGACCCAUCAAAAAGCAUAAAGCUUGAAAUUGGGUCUCCAAUAAUCGUAGUUGAGGCUCCCAAGUACUUGAAAACUGCAGAUUCUGUGCCUUGCCUCAGGGCUAAUCCUGGCUUAGUCAAGCCUGGAGAUGUGGGCAGGAUAGUAUCAAGAAAGCCAAAAGAUGUAUGGGCAGUUCGUCUCAACAUUGGCACUUACCUAAUAGAUGGAAAAUACUUUAAGCCCUUGCAGGUUGAUGAGUGAAUCAUAAUGUGCCAUGAAGAUAUAUAUGCCAUCAACACUGUUUCCCCUAUUUCAACAUCAAUAAAAAGUACUUGCUAUUUCUUCACAAAACAGAGUCAUGAAUAAAUAUAAGAAUAUUGUACAGAUCAGAGUAAGAUAUUUGCAAAAUUUUGUGCAUAAA